ACCACAAGAUUUAGGGGUUGAGUUUGGAAGAAAGUUAAGGGCUCUUCCCUGCACCUAAUUCUUGUGUGUGUGUGGUGGUAGCUAGACUAAAGUCAAAAAGAGUGAGAUAUCAUGGCCCUCAGUCACAAUACUUUGGCUUUUACCUUCGGCAUGCUGGGUAAUGUCAUUUCAUUCAUGGUAUUCCUGGCUCCAAUAACAACAUUUUACCGAAUAUACAAGAAGAAAUCUACAGAGGGAUUUCAAUCACUGCCUUACCUAGUGGCAUUGUUCAGUUCCAUGCUUUGGUUGUACUAUGCUAUGGUAAAAAAAGAUGCUUUUCUCCUGAUUACCAUUAACUCAUUCGGUUGUGUCAUAGAGAUCAUCUACAUCAUCUUGUACAUGAUCUAUGCGCCCAGGGAUGCUAGGAACUUAACUUUGAAGCUGUUUACGGCAAUGAACGUGGGGUCGUUUGCUCUGAUCCUCUUAGUGACACACUUUGCUGUGCACGGGCCACUUCGUGUUCAAGUCCUUGGAUGGAUCUGUGUUUCUAUUGCGGUCAGUGUGUUUGCAGCGCCGCUAAGCAUUGUGGCACAAGUUGUUCGAACAAAGAGCGUAGAGUUCAUGCCCUUCAACCUGUCAUUUACAUUGACAUUGAGCGCCACAAUGUGGUUUGGUUAUGGUCUCUUUCUGAAGGACAUAUGCAUUGCUCUCCCAAAUAUAUUGGGGUUUGGACUCGGGUUAAUUCAGAUGGUGCUCUAUGCCAUUUAUAGAAAUGGAAAUGAAAAGGGAAAGAAGCCUGCAGCAGCACUCAAAAGCGUUGUUAUAGAGAUCCCGACAUCAAAUGUGAUCGGAGAAGAAGUGGGAGAAGAGAAGGAGAAAACAGAGGAACCACCUGUUAAUGCCUGCGCUGCCUAACUAGCUAAUUGCGCCGUCUAUGUUAUUGUUUUAUGUCCCACGUACGACUAUCUGCGUUUGUUUCCACCAUUGUUAAUUAGGUUACUUUAAUUUGCUAGGCUAGUGCGCUAGUGAUUCUAUCUUUAAAUUUCCACCGUACGUUGAAUUUAAUUUGCAUUGUAUAUCUCGCAAUCUAUGACCAUUAAUGAUGCAUGCUUCACUCUUUUUAUUAA